AUGAAGGCUAUCGCAGCUGCUCUCGUAUUCAUCCCCAUCCUCACCGGCGUCGACGCCAUGGGGCUUGCCCAGAUUUUCAAGAACGGCUUGGGAAACUCGGAUUGUAGCGACAUCCACCUGACGGAUCGGUACACGCUGCACGCCAUAUGCAAGGAUCCGGAACACAGAAAUUACAAGGAGUUCAGCCUCGACCUCAACGCGUGCUACGCCAACUAUCUCGGCACGCUGAACCGCGUCGACGGCGGCGGCGGCUUCGGCGCGUCGUGCAGCCCCUGCUCCAUGUCCGGCACGAACCUGACGUGCGAGUGCGCGAUCGACGGCAGCGGCGCCACCAGGCACACCGAGGUCGACCUCGGCGGCUGGAGGGCCGUCCAGGUGGCCAACGGCCAGCUGAGCUGCUCCAACAUGGACUCGUUCGACGUGGAGCCGGGGGAGAAGAGGGCCGUGACCAAGGAAGCCCAGUUCUUCGUCGCUUAA